GACACAAACAACGAUCGAACUUCUAUACAAUAAAAUGCAAACGUCUAUCGUAUUCAUAAAAUUUGUUUGAGAUCAGUACAGAAGUACCCUAUCAUAAAAAAAGAAAUAUCAACUUAGAAUUAUUGAAGAUAUCGUGAACAAUGCAAAAAAUUUUAGUUUCCAAUUGUAAUAAAACGACAAUGUCCUUAUAUUACACUCUAUCGUAUCAUAUAUAGAUAUUUUUUCUUUUAUCAACUGACAAUGCUUUGUACACAAAAGCCUAAGCGUAUUGAUAACACUAAAAGCUAUGGAUAUUUUAUCAAUUGCCUUAUAUAUUAUAAUAUUAUUUGGCAGAGCUAGUACAUUAAUACUUACAAAUUAAUUGAAUUUAAACAAAAAAUCAGUAAUAAUAGAGACAAAUAUCGAAAUGUCUUCAAGUGACAGUGAAUCAUUUUCUAAUGAUGAUGAAAAUGUUAGUGUAGGAUCGCAUAGACCUAUAACUGUAUUGGUUCCAGCGAAUCCAGGUGAAGUUCGUGGUGACUACGUAUUAAAAAUUGUCAGAUCUGUUACUAACUUAACAGCACACAUUCUCAUUGGAGCCACAGUUGGUAUUUGUGUAUGGUUUGGAUUCAGAAAUGGACUACCAUUAAGUGCAACAUCAAUUCAUAUUGUGCUCUGUGUUAUCGGAUAUCAGUUACUGAUGGCGGAAGCUAUUUUAUGUUUGUCUCCCGAUAACUCCUGGACAGCAUCAUACAGAGUUAUAGACAAGAAACGCGCCCAUUGGAUAUUGCAAAUCGUGGGCUCAGCUCUGGCCAUUACUGGUAGUUUCAUUAAAUUUGCAAACAAAACAUCUCAUUGGAAUAGUUUGCACGGUAAAUUUGCACUUGUAGCAUUGGUAUUCACAUGCAUGUCUCUAGUGAACGGUUUAUCAUCUCUCUACUCACACGAGCUUCGUAGUGUAAUACCAGGAAACAUCUCGAAAAUAAGUCACAUCUGUUUUGGAAGCAUUGCCUUCGCUGCCGCCAGCACUAGUCUCUGCUGCGGGUUCAAUAAACACUCCUUUACAAGUUGGGCCACUUCACCUUUAGCAUACACUGCUACAGCAUUCACUACUAUUUUUACGUUUAUUGUUAUUGUAAGUCCAUUGAUUAAUUUUGUAAAAAAAAUUAGAAGGUAAUUAAUAAAUUAAAAAUUAACAAGA